GGAGUGGGGUUUGUAUCGUGGGCAGCACUACGUUCGUGAUGGGCGGAGCGCGUACGGGUAAACGCUGUGCGUUGCGGGGUGGUUAUGAGCUUCUGUCUAAGUAGUAGAGGUUUGGUGACUCCAUGAUAUCGUUACAUCGCGACCUGCAUACAUUCAGAAUAAAAUGAGCCUAAUGACGAGACGAUGUAUAUGAAGAAAUCCAGAAGUGUCGGCGCUACGUCUCCUCUGAAUGGCCUGGGAAAAACAGAUUUUGAGUCCAAGCGGAAGAGAAAGAUUGCAGAUAUCUUCCAAGCCCUAAACUCUGUGCCAGUGGACAUUGCAGCAUUGCGACGCAUGUCCAUAAGUGAAGGAGGACUGCUGACAGAUGAGAUCCGCUGUGAGGUGUGGCCCAAACUGCUCAAUGUUAACACCACUAAUCUGCCCGGAAAACCUGGAAAGGAGUUACGGGAAAACAACAAGGACUACAACCAGGUUCUUCUAGAUGUACGUCGCUCCCUGCGCCGCUUUCCUCCUGGAAUGCCAGAUGACCAGCGAGAGGAUUUACAGGAGAAGCUAAUAGAUAUCAUUUUGUUGGUUCUAAAGAAGAACCCUCAGUUGCACUAUUAUCAGGGCUACCAUGAUAUAGUGGUCACAUUCCUACUUGUACUAGGUGAGGAGCUGGCAACCCCUCUGGUGGAGAAACUGUCCACUCAUCAUCUCAGGGAUUUUAUGGACCCCACAAUGGACAACACAAAGCAUAUUUUAAAUUAUCUCAUGCCCAUCAUUGAGAGAGUGAACCCAGAAGUGCACGAUUUUAUGCAGAGGGCUGAAGUGGGCACCAUCUUUGCUCUCAGUUGGCUUAUUACUUGGUUUGGACAUGUUCUUUCAGACUUCAGGCAUGUUGUGCGGUUAUACGAUUUCUUCUUGGCCUGCCACCCCUUAAUGCCUAUUUAUUUUGCUGCUGUGAUUGUUUUGUACCGGGAAAAUGAAGUUUUGGAAAGUGAAUGUGAUAUGGCUGCGGUUCAUCAUCUCCUCUCACAAAUUCCUCAGGACCUACCUUAUGAGACUCUCAUCAGUCGAGCGGGAGACCUUUUUGUCCAGUUUCCUCCUUCCGAGCUUGCUCGAGAGGCCGCUCUGCAGCAGAGUCAACGGACUGCGGCAUCUACCUUUAAAGACUUUGAGUUGGCGUCCGCCCAGCAGAGACCAGACAUGGUUCUCAGACAGCGCUUUCGGGAGCAGGCUAGUCAAGAGGCUAAAGCCAGAGGUGUCAUAGUAAAGCCACGGACUAAUCGCUUUAUGAAACUGGCAGUUAUGGGACUAACUGUGGCCCUGGGUGCAGCAGCACUUGCAGUGGUCAAUACAGCAUUGGAGUGGGCGCCCAAGAUUGACCUGCAGAUUUUUCCUUAACAGCAGGAAUUGGUCUUCCUUUUUCUCUUGAUUUUAAAAUAAAAUGCCUCAGUUUGCCUUGAGAGGACAAUGAAACUAAAAUUUAUUCUUCAUCUCAAAGGAAGCUUUGUGUCUCACUUUUGUACCUUUUGAUGACUUUUCACCAACACAACAAUAAGCACUGUUCAUCUUUUUUUUUUUUUGCUGCACAUCACACUGUCUGUGCACUUUAUAUGUACAUCUUCACAAUUCUGAGUAUGCUCUGCAGGAGAAGAAUUAUCAUGUAUCAUUUAAAGAGUGACAUUAUUUAGGCAAUGUCCUGCAAACUUACAUUUUUGGGCUUAUUGGCCAUGUUGCUAGGACUUUAUCAGGCAGCUACUCUUGUUUAGUGCUCUCUGCAUGUCCACAGGCUAAUUAGGCAAGUCACAGUAGCUAUAGACAUCCUGGUAAAUAUUUGUUACUCUUUUUUGAAAAGCUCCUGUUUGAUGGAAUAAGUUUGCAGGAUCUUUAAUAUGGGUUGGUGCCUGCUCUUGAAUGGUAAUAUGGUUCAUUGGUGCAGAUUCUUUAGCAGAGAAACUGUCUCAGAAUUGCGAAAAUUCAUGUCGUGAAACCGUUGAAGAUUUCAAACCUCCUGUUUUAGUUGGUUUCCUGUGUGAAAAGAAAAUGGAGCAGUGCAAGCAGCAGGUUCCGUUUCUGUGGAAUCAUUCCAUUACAAAUAUCGUCUAAGUCACAAAGGCAGAGUUCUGCUUCUUUGUCUGAUGGUCACUAUCAUCCACUGAUUGGUUCUUUUAAAACCACUUGUCAUGAAGUUGGCCUAGACUGCUCUUAAUUUUUACUUUUAAGCAGUGGUUGAGCUUUACUUUCCUUAAGGAGUGUCAACUCAUCAAAUACUGAAAAGUCAAAGGAAAACAAAAUGCCAUAAGAAGGUUUACCCAUCUCGCCAAGUAGGCAGUCUGCUGCAAUAAAUACCUUGCCCCUUUUGUCAUUAGAAAAGAUGUCUGCCAGGACAGAUCUGGCUUGUUGAUGUUUUAAGAAUGUUUUAUACUGUAAAUGUUUUGUCCAGUGGCAAAUCCUGGAGGUAUGCAUUAAGUCAGUGAUCUCUGCUGGUUUGUUGUUGCAGUUAUGUAUAGUCAAGGUAAAAUGUAAGUUUUUCAGAACUAUUUACAGUAUAUAAUGUAAAUCUGACUCACUUCCUCAACCUAGCUAUGUUCUGUGAUUGUCAGACCCCAGAUACAAAGAUUUUUUUUCACUGAUGCACAAUAAAAAAUAAAACAAA